AUGGCUACGACACAGCACUACAUGUGGGCUGGUGGCCACUUCAUUUUGUUAAUUUCCUCGCUUCGGUAUUUCUUAGCGGCGAUUCUAUUCAGAGCCGUUUCUGCGUGGUGGUACAAGACGGCCUUCAUUGGAGCUCUCGUUAGUUACACCAUCGUGUGCGAAAAGCAGUAUGCGAAUGAAAGAGAAAGACUUCCUCCAGUGCUAUCGCUUGCAUUCGCUAGGCGUGUACUGAUGGAGGAGAACGUGCAGUAUCUAUUACUCGCUAUCUUCUGGUGGUCGUCAAAGCCAGUGGCUGUUGCCCUGAUUCCCUACGCGAUCUUCUCGCUCUUCCACGCGCUGACCUUCACCCGUACUACGCUGAUGCCCCAGCUGUUGGCUUCGGGCCCGCCCGCCACUGCCGGUGGACCCCCUACUCCGCCCGCCCUUGCCAAGAAGUUGCAUCUAUGGGUAAAAGCCAACUAUGACACUGCCAUGAGAGUUGUAGCCUACGCCGAACUGCUCAUCAUGCUGCGCGUCACGUUGGGUGCCUUGCUGUGGCAAAAUUCUCUUAUGUCGCCCCUCUUCUACGCGCACUUCCUGCGACAGCGUUACUAUCAGUCGAAAUUCACGCGAGAGUCGCUUAGUUUCAUCAACGACUACGUUGAGGGAUACGUGAGGAAGGAGGGCACACCCGCGCUGGUCGUGCGGGUGUGGGAUAGCUUCAAGCUGGUUCUGACGAGGUGGGGUGGCACGGUGUUGGCGCCGCAGGGCGGUGCUGGAGCUGGGCCGAGGGGGCAGUAA